UCAAAGCAGGCAAACAAAAAACAAAACAAAACAACCCCACACACAAACUUACUGUCACAAAAACCCAUAACCCCGAGCUCAAACUGAUGACAGGUAGCAAGUUUACCAAGACAGACCAAAACCACAUGUAUCACCUACAUGUAACCAACAUGUAAACAAAGAAGUUUAAACUAACAAAGCCAAUUAACACUCACGAGAUAAAUAUAGGGAUUAAUAUGAGCGAGUGUUUUGGGUUUAGCAUUUUAAAUUUGGGCCUUUGCAACUUCGGCUGAAAUGAGUCACCUCAAAUACACUACCUUCAUUCUUAGCAUGUUAGAAAAAAGGUGUGGUUGGUCUCGCAUUUAGAAACAGGUUACACAGGUUACACAAACAAAAGUACACUAAACUGACAUUGUGGACUUAUUAACAGUCUUUACUUUUUAGCGUCCUCUUAUCAAGAAAAUAUUACCCUUACAAAGUGGGAUGAUGUUUUUCUCUGUGACACUCCUGAUUCUCUUCAGCUUUAUGAAAUUUCAAUCAGAGGGAUUAAAGCUGGUUGGUCCAGAUGCUCCUCUUGUUGCUGUAGCUGGUGAAGACCUGGUUCUGCCCUGUUUUAUCAAACCCCAAACCAGCGCUAUGGACAUGACAGUGGAGUGGAUUAGAGUAGAGGAUGUGGCUUCAGUAGUGCAUCUCUAUAGGGAUCAUGAAGACAGAAAUGAAAAGCAGGCUCAGUCCUACAGAGGAAGAACAUCACUGUUUAAAGAGGAGCUACAGAAAGGCAACGCUUCACUCAAACUCUCAUCUCUCCGAGUCUCUGAUGAAGGAAAAUAUAGAUGUCUCGUUGAGGACAAAUCCUCGUAUGAUGACAUCACUGUCCACGUCACUGUCGAGGUAAUUCUGGGAAGCCACCCGGUGAUCACGAUGGAGAGUUAUGAUCACUCAGGAGGGAUUAAUCUAGUGUGUGAGUCCAGAGGCUGGAACCCUGCACCUGAGGUUCUGUGGAUGAACAGAGAAGGAGACACUCUGCCUGCUGGAGAUACACAGAUACACAGAGACACUGAGGGCUUCAGUGUGAUACACCGCAUCACUGUUUAUGAUUAUAGCGACUCCAACAAGUUUUACUGCAGACUUCAACAACAACAUCACAUGAUGGAGGCAGAGGUUAUCAUUAAUAGUAAAGUCUUUGAUGCUUGGAAGUGGGUUGGGGGCAUUUCAGUUUUAGCAUGUCUUAUUGCUGUUGGAUGGAUAGUAACUGCAGUUAUCUGUUACAAGAAAGCCUCAGAGCUUCAGAAGGAGAAGGAAUACGCAGCCUCAGAGCUUCAGAAGGAGAAGAGAUACGCAGAGCUGCAGAGACAGAGAGUGGAAUACGAGUUAAUAAAGAAGAAGAAGUUUGCAGUGGAUGUGACUCUGGAUCCUGAUACAGCUCAUCCUGAUCUCAUCCUGUUUGCUGAUGGAAAACAAGUGAGACAUGGAGACACAAAACAGAAUCUCCCUGAUACUCCAAAGAGGUUUAAUAAAUGUGUCUGUGUUCUGGGAAAGCAGAGUUUCUCCUCAGGGAGAUUUUAUUAUGAGGUGCAGGUCAGAGGGAAAACUGAGUGGAAUGUUGGCGUGGCCAAAAAGUCCAUUAACAGAAAGGGGGACAUUACACUGACUCCUCAGAAUGGAUUCUGGACUGUGAAACUGAGGAAUGAGAAUCAGUAUGAGGCUUGUUCUGGUCCCUCUGUCCGCCUCACACUGAGAGCGAAGGUGGAGAAGGUGGGGGUGUUUGUGGAUUAUGAGGAGGGUCUGGUCUCCUUUUAUGAUGUGAAGUCCAGCUCUCAUAUCUACUCUUUCACUGCUCAGUCUUUCACUGAAAAACUCUAUCCUUACUUCAGUCCUUGUUUAAAUGAAGGAGGUAAAAAUUCAGCACCAUUGAUCAUCUCUCCUGUAAUUAACACUGAAUGAAUUUUCACCUCACAGAUUCAAUCAUCUAUUAAAUGGUGAGAAUUAAAAGAAACAUCUUACUUGUUCUGGUAAAUUUUAGAAAUACAUAUUCCUUUUUAAAGUGCUGUACAGUUUAUUUUAAUACAUGGGGGUUUGUUUUUUUCACAUAAAACAAAUUUUAAUCCUCCAGUUUGUUUUUACACAUUAUGAUUGUGGAACUUUAUUUCAAAUCAAAUAUGAAUAAAAAUCAUUUACAGUUCACACUGAGUUUUACUGCAGAAUUUAAUACGAUCAAUAAAAUGUAUGAAGUUUAGCUGCUGAUGUCUGUGUAGAUAAAACUGAACACCACUGAGUUUCUCCUUCAAAUUUCAUCAAACACAAUUACACUCAUCUUUUAUUUAGAAAUAAACAUGUAAGGGUUUUUCUCUUCUUAAAAAUAGUAAAGAAAUUAAUGAAUAAAUGAAUCCUCUAUCUGUGCUAAAUUCUGCCAAAGCUGUAUGACAUGGUCCAUCAGAACACGUUCUUAUCUGAACAAAAAACAAAUUUCUUAAACGUAGGACAGCAGGGGGAAUCUCAUUAAUAUUCAUGAGAGAAGCGCUUUCUGGUUGGUCAGUGACGUGUUUCUGCUCUGACGUUUCAUGUUGCUGCAUAAGACCAUUUUGUGACUUUAGUGAAAAGUCAUGUUGAGGAGAUUACACUGACUAGUGCAAGAAACAGGAUUAACCAACUGGAAAUACACAUUUUAUUCUAUUUCCUGUUUGAAAAGCCAACUAGAUAUGCAGUAAAAUUUCCUUCUGCUUUCAUAAAUAUUUCAGUCCCGCUGUGGUUUUAUUCAGUACAUUUCCCACACUGAAAUGAAAAUGUCAUUAUGUGAUAAAGGGGUAAAUGCUGAGCAGGACAGUAAGUCAAGGCAUCUGUAAUCUGGUUUGUAGUGAAAUGAUUAUGGCCAAAAUGAUAAUCCUGAUUAUUUAGAUCUAUAUUCAGAUCACGAUUACUGAUUGAUUUUAGGGACAACAUAUUUUUAUUGCACUUUCACAUUUAAAUAAACAGACCACUGCUUUCACCUCCAUGUUGUGCUACAUUCCUACUAAUUUACAAAUCUUUGCAUAAAAUUAGACUGGUCCUUCAAGUGCAUCAUCUUGUAGAAGCAAAAUAUAAAUAAAAUUGUACCCAAAAUAUAGGAUAAGUAAAAAUAAAAAUGCCAUCAACCAAAUGAAAAUAUGCAUCAAAUAUAACAAUAUGCAACCAAAUGAAAACAAUUCAGGCGAAUGCAGAAAAGGCAAUAACUGUUUACAGGAGGAGAGACACAAGACAAUUUCGUUUAGGAGCACUUGUGUUCCAAUUACAAAAAAUUAGGAGCACAGUUGAAGUUUAGGGUUUUUUUUUUGUUUUGUUUUGUUUUUGUUUUUUUAAGAGAUGGUAACAUUAAUGUGCCCCAAAUAACAGACAAGUAGGCAUGAGAAAGCUUGAGCCAGACAAUUAUGACAAAAUUUAGGAACAUAGUGUGAGCCAUGACAAAUUAAUUUAACUUCUGAUAAACUAAAUUUAAUAUUUUCAGUUAAUUUUACAGACUGUUACUUUUAAUUUAAUUAAUGCUUUUAAAUUUGUUUUCCUUUGUUAGUAUAAAAAGAAAGAAAAACCUGUGAAUGUUUACUGCUGUAUGUUGCUCAAUUUGUUUUAUUUUUUCUUCUCAAUGGUAUAUUUGGGAAAGGGAGGGGAGGAGAUAAGAGAAAAGGUGAUGUUCAGCAGACACGUUUUGUAGACGUGUUCAGCAGAAAUGUUCAGCAGAAAUGUUUAGUUCAGCAGAAAUGUUCAGCAGAAAUGUUCAGCAGAAAAGUUCAACAGAAAUGUUCAGCAGAAAAGUUCAACAGAAAUGUUCAGCAGAAAUGUUUAGUUCAGCAGAAAUGUUCAGCAGAAAUGUUCAGCAGAAAUGUUCAGCAGAAAAGUUCAACAGAAAUGUUCAGCAGUAAUGUUUAGUUCAGCAGAAAUGUUUAGCAGAAAUGUUUAGCAGAAAUGUUCAACAGAAAUGUUCAGCAGUAAUGUUUAGUUCAGCAGAAAUGUUCAACAGAAAUGUUCAGCAGUAAUGUUUAGUUCAGCAGAAAUGUUCAACAGAAAUGUUCAGCAGUAAUGUUUAGUUCAGCAGAAAUGUUCUGCAGAAAUGUUCAGCAGAAAUGUUUAGUUCAGCAGAAAUGUUCAGCAGAAAUGUUCAGCAGAAAAGUUCAACAGAAAUGUUCAGCAGUAAUGUUUAGUUCAGCAGAAAUGUUUAGCAGAAAUGUUCAGCAGAAAUGUUCAGCAGAAAUGUUCAGCAGAAAUGUUUAGUUCUGCAGAAAUGUUCAACAGAAAUGUUUAUUUCAGCAGAAAUGUUCAGCAGAAAUGUUUAGUUCAACAGAAAUGUUCAGCUGUAAUGUUUAGUUCAGCAGAAAUGUUCUGCAGAAAUGUUCAGCAGAAAUGUUCAGUUCAGCAGAAAUGUUCAGCAGAAAUGUUCAGCAGAAAUGUUCAGCAGAAAUGUUCAGCAGAAAUGUUCAAUAAAAAUGAAACUGGAAAAAAAAAAUUACAGACUGUUGCAAAAAAAACAACAAAUGUUAACCUGUUCCACCUUGUAAACAAAUACAAUAAACCUCAAUGUUCAGUGUUUGAA